GGUAAUGAAUUGGACGGCAAUACGCCAGGAGAAAUGGAGCGGUGGGGCGCUGUUGAGUUUGGCUCCUGCUCUGGGAAACGCUUUUGGUCCUGCGCUGAUGAAUAACAAUGCACUGGCCACCAUCCAGGCUCUGGCAUCGGGAGGCGCUCUGCCUCUGACCUCCUUCAAUGGAAACACCGGCCUGCUAUUCACCAACACCAGUUCAGGAAGCACUGCCCCCAGUCUGGUGACCACUCCCCUCUUCCUCAAUCCGUCCAGCCUGUCUCUACUACCAGCCAAUCUGCUGUCAGCUGGCGGGGCUGGAGGCGGAGCUCUCAACCUGCAGCUGGCCAGUGACAUGCAGCAGAGUACUGUUGCCAUGACAACCAAGAGCAUCGCCUUGGCCUCGAAGGCGCAGUGAGCGCAUACGGCUCCGUUCAAUCCUGUGCUAUUACCAAAAACACUUCUGAUGCGUGUAGUACUUCCUGCAACUGAAUAUCCGUGUCACACGUUUGAUGUUCGAGGAAACGGUCAGGAU